GGGGGGUCAGAUAUGACGCCGAACAAUUUUUUUAAAGAAGAGCGAUGCGCUCACCAAUGCCGUCUGGAUGAGAAGGUAAAUCUGAUCAAAAAUUGACCCCGACUAAUCAUCAGAAAGCAUACUAUCGGAGGAAUGAUUGAGCUCGGCCUUAGCCGCAUAUCCCGUCUCCUUCAGCAGACGCCUUUAACUUGGAAGGCCAUUCACAUCGCUGGGACAAACGGCAAAGGCUCGAUCAGCGCUUACUUGUCCCACCUCUUGACUACUAGCGGAGUUCGUUGCGGCCGUUUUACUUCGCCUCAUCUGAUAGACCGAUGGGACUGCAUCACUAUCGGCGAAAGGGUGGUUCAGGAGUCUCUGUUCCGGCAGAUUGAAGCUAAGAUCAAGUUGCGUGACCAGACAUUGGGAAUUGGUGCAAGUGAAUUCGAGUUGUUGACUGCCACGGCAUUCGAGAUCUUUAACCAUGAACGGGUCGAAGUUGGAGUGGUUGAGGUGGGCAUGGGUGGUCGGCUGGACGCUACGAAUAUACUAAGCGAUGUGCUUGUGUCGGUUAUUGCUAAAAUAGGACUGGACCAUCAGUUUCUGCUUGGAAAUACUCUAGAGGAAAUUACUCGCGAGAAAGCUGGAAUAUUGAAGCCGGGGGUUCCGUGCGUGAUUGAUGGAACGAAUGCACCUGCAGUCCUUGCCACUCUUGAAGACCGUAUCAAGGAGCUCAGUGUAGAUGCUGUCUACACGCACCCCGACGCACCAGAUGAGCAUUCGCCGUCACUCGGUCAGCUUUUUCGACAUAUUGAUGUACAGCCUCACCAGAGGGCGAAUAUGUGUUGUGCGAUCUCGGCUUUAAAGCUGGCCAUCCCGAAACUUCGUCCAAACCUCGAGGUUGAUCCUUUAAUUUCCCAACUCUCUCGUGUAGAGUGGCCAGGGCGCCUACAGAAAAUUGCCCUGAAUCCUUUGGUCUCUCGCACCGAGCCUAUUCUGCUUGAUGGCGCUCACAAUAAUCAGUCAGCCGAAGUUCUUGGGCAGUACGUGGACCACAAGCUUCGAUCGCAAAGGAAACCUGUCACUUGGGCCAUCGCAGCAUCACGUGGGAAAGACAUUGCUUCACUAUUCCACCCUAUCAUUAAAGCUGGGGAUAAUGUCGCAACUACCGCGUUUGGACCUGUCGACGGUAUGCCUUGGGUCAAAGCAAAUGAUCCCCAGGAGUUGGCGUCAAGCGUACAAUCAAUCCCAGGAAUUGGAGAUGUGAAAUCAUUUGAAGAUGACAUUCUCGCGGCCAUCAAUUGGGCCUGUACCAAGGCCAAUAGCGGCCCAUUGGUUAUUGCUGGAAGCCUUUACCUUGUUUCCGACAUCCUCCGUCUUCUCCGAGAGGCACACAAGCAGUCAGGACACCCCGCUGAGAUGCGAUAGUUCUAUAACUGAAGAUACCCUUUCAUUACCAGCAUAGAUUUAUCCGUAAAUAAUUGAAACUAUCUCGAAGGGUUCCGUUUGAGAUUGAACUCCAAAAUUGCUCUAUUCAUACAUAGUUGAGAAAGAUGUAUUACCUCCAAAAGAGGCGGUCACUGCGUCACAGGUGGUGGCCUGAAUUGUGGAGAAAAGGAAAGUUCAAAACACACUCCAAUUUGUUGCGCUUGAUUCACCCAACACAGUAGGAGCAGGGUGUAUCUGAUGUGUGCGGUGACGCGUUUCAACGCGGCUCGAUAGGUGGGAGGGCAAUAACUUAUUUGCUUUGCUGAUAUGAACAAAACCUUCCGAUCGACUGGCUCCUGCCUUCAGCCGUACCCGCUCCUCACCUAAGAUCGCA